UGCUUUAAACUCUUCUUGCUGGAUCAGAGGCUUUAAAAUCUUUUUUCAUCUUCGAGCUGUGGCUCGGGCUGCUCGUCGGCUCGGCCUCCCCCCUUUUGCUCUCUGCCUCGCCUUUCCCCAGGACUUCGCUAUUUUGCUUUAAAAAAAAAAAAAAAAAGGCAAGAAAGAACUAAACUCCCCCCCUCCCUUUCCUCCAGCCGGGCUGCACCUCUGUCUUGCACUUUGCACGGAGAGAGCGCGCGAGGGAGAGAGAGGAAAGGAAAAAAAAUAAAAAUAAAAAGAUCAGGCAGAAGAGAAGGCGAGAAGCAUGAAGUGUUAACUCUCCCGUGCCAAGGCCCGCGCCGCCGGACAGCCGCCCGCCGCGCCUCCAGCCCCGAGCGGCCGCCGCGCGCGCCCCGCCUGCAGCCCGGGCCGGCGAGGCGAGCCCUCCUUAUGCAAAGCGCGCAGCGGAGCGGCGAGCGGGGGACGCCGCGCACCCGGCCGGGCUCCUCCGGCUUCGCCGCCGCCGCCGCCGCCGCCGCCGCCGCCGCAGCCCGCGGAGGACCUUCCCGAGCCUGAAGCCGCCGGCUCGGCACGCACGGAGGCGAGCAGGCGAGGAGGGGCCGGGGCGAGCGAGCGAGCGAGCACAUUGGCGUGAGCAGGGGGGAGGGAGGGCGGGCGCGGGGGGCGCGGGCAGGGCGGGGGGUGUGUGCGCGCUCGGAGCUUUCGGGCCAGCCACCGCCGCGCGAGCUAGAAGCGCCCCAGCCCGGCAAGCUGGCUCACCCGCUGGCCACCCAGCACAGCCCGCUGGCCCCUCUCCUGCAGCCCAUCUGGCGGAGCGGCGGCGGCGGCGGCGGCGGCGGCAGGAGAAUGGCAUCAGAACUGGCAAUGAGCAACUCCGACCUGCCCACCAGUCCCCUGGCCAUGGAAUAUGUUAAUGACUUCGAUCUGAUGAAGUUUGAAGUGAAAAAGGAGCCGGUGGAGACCGACCGCAUCAUCAGCCAGUGCGGCCGUCUCAUCGCCGGGGGCUCGCUGUCCUCCACCCCCAUGAGCACGCCGUGCAGCUCGGUGCCCCCUUCCCCCAGCUUCUCGGCGCCCAGCCCGGGCUCGGGCAGCGAGCAGAAGGCGCACCUGGAAGACUACUACUGGAUGACCGGCUACCCGCAGCAGCUGAACCCCGAGGCGCUGGGCUUCAGCCCCGAGGACGCGGUCGAGGCGCUCAUCAGCAACAGCCACCAGCUCCAGGGCGGCUUCGAUGGCUACGCGCGCGGGGCGCAGCAGCUGGCCUCGGCGGCCGGGGCCGGCGCCGGCGCCUCCCUGGGCGGCAGCGGCGAGGAGAUGGGCCCCGCCGCCGCCGUGGUGUCCGCCGUGAUCGCCGCGGCCGCCGCGCAGAGCGGCGCGGGCCCGCAUUACCACCACCACCACCACCACCACGCCGCCGGCCACGGCCACCACCACCACCCGACGGCCGGCGCGCCCGGCGCCGCGGGCAGCGCGUCCGCCUCGGCCGGUGGCGCGGGCGGCGCGGGCGGCGGUGGCCCGGCCAGCGCCGGGGGCGGCGGCGGAGGCGGCGGCGGAGGCGGCGGCGGCGGCGGCGGCGGCGGCGGCGGGGGCGCGGCGGGGGCGGGGGGCGCCCUGCACCCGCACCACGCCGCGGGCGGCCUGCACUUCGACGACCGCUUCUCCGACGAGCAGCUGGUGACCAUGUCGGUGCGCGAGCUGAACCGGCAGCUGCGCGGGGUCAGCAAGGAGGAGGUGAUCCGGCUGAAGCAGAAGAGGCGGACCCUGAAAAACCGCGGCUAUGCCCAGUCCUGCCGCUUCAAGAGGGUGCAGCAGAGACACGUCCUGGAGUCCGAGAAGAAUCAGCUGCUGCAGCAGGUCGACCACCUCAAGCAGGAGAUCUCCAGGCUGGUGCGCGAGAGGGACGCGUACAAGGAGAAAUACGAGAAGUUGGUGAGCAGCGGCUUCCGAGAAAACGGCUCGAGCAGCGACAACCCGUCCUCUCCCGAGUUUUUCAUAACUGAGCCCACUCGUGAGUUGGAGCCAUCAGUGGGAUACCCCACGUUUUGGAAGGCCCAGCAAUGCGUACCUGCCAGUGUAUUCACAAAAUGAAAUUUAUGCGCGAACCGUACAUUAAAAAUGUAUUAUUAUUAUUAUUUGCGGCCUUGGACAACACCCUGCCCCUGACUUCUGUUUAGUUUCCUUUUUAAAGAAAAAUGAUUGUGUUAGAGAAGAAAGCUAGCAAAUGUCUAACCUCUGUGCUAGUAACUAUCCCCCUGGCCUGAAGGUCUUCUCUGCCAACCUAGAGGAAAAAGCACAUGGAUGCUUCUGGCUCCACGAGGCGAGAAACUAAGAUAGGUGCCAUUGUUUUCAGCCUGCAAGAUCAGCUUUUAAAAAUCCACUGAAAUUUAGAGGAGAUCUCCAUGUCCGUUUGUAGGAAGAGAAGGUUCCCAGAAGGUAACAGCUAGCGUUUUGGAAGCCUAUGUAGACACGCACACUCUAAGUAGUACUUUUCCACACUUCGUUGUUUCUCUGGCAGAUAAUGUUACUAAGAAGAAAAAACAAAAAUUGCUCGCCUCCCCCUCCCCAAGCGGAUGCCAUGGGUAGGAGUUUUAGCCCAGCCGAAGCGGCCUGGCUGUCUGGUAGGCCCUGGAUAGUAUCGUAUUGAACGCGUUCAUUUAUCAGCCAUCGCUGUAAGUGAAAACACCGCCCGGCAAAACACAAAGUUAGUUAAACCACACCCUCCAGGUGCCUUUUUUUCCUCCACUUUGCCGCUCCCAGGCCAUUCAUAAAAUCACCUCCCUUGUAUUUCCCUACUUUAUAUUUUUUUUACAAAAAAAAUAAAUAAAUAAUAAAUCAAAAGCACAAGAACCUUUCCCAAUGUAUCUGACUCGGUCACAGACUGACGUCGAAACAGAGAUGCCACGUCCUGAUCUUGGUGAGGACACGAUGUCUGGAUGCCAUGAUUUUGCGCCUCCAUGCCAUGCCCAUCUGGGCCCCUUUCCCAAUGGGAAAUUAUUUAUUAUGUAACGCAAGAGUCUAAUGCCCUGAUCUUUUCUCCCUCCUACCUUUUCCCCAGUAGUUUUUAUUUAGUAAUAUCAACUCUGGAUACUUCUGUUCUCGUACAGGACCUCCCCUAUGCCAAACCACUGCUUUCCUGCUAAACACGAUGAACAGCGCAAGCCACAGCCACCGUCACAGACAUGGUCUGCAGCAGACCUGUAGGGCUGUGUUCUCAGCGCCUCCCUGUCUGAAUAACUAAAGUUGCUUCUGACACAAAGGUUCCCAGACUAUAGUACGUUGGGAGGCUUUUGUUGAUGUUGCCCUAGCUUUGUUUAGGCCAACUUACUUCCGUAUUCACACACUCUUGGCUUUAGAAAACAUUCUCCUCUGGUAUUCUAGGCCAAUCAAUAUUUUUAAAAGUCUGCUUGCCACACAGGUGUCUCUAUUUUUUGCCUGUCGGUAGUUAAAGCCUAACCGAGGUGGAUGGGAGGCUAAAAUACAUGAGUGACAACCUCCAGCCAUUCGACUUCCUUGCCAGGGAAACACACAGCCAGGCUCCUGGCCUUACUUUUCAUGUAAACACGCAUAAAAGGAAUCGGGAGGCCAGAUUCCUCCCCCUGUAGAUGGCUGAUUUGAGAGGCUCCCCACUGUGAUUUACUUUCAUUUGAUUUCUAAAAAAUAAUGUUGCCCCUUUCUAUGAAGAAAUGUCUUAGUCUUGUUUUUGUUUUAAGGGAAGAUUUAUCCACAGUGAUGGGCUAUAAUUUCCACCGCUUCUGAUUAUUCCUCACGAUGCUGAAUGAGUUCUUCGGGGUCGGUGUCUUCCUUGCUCUUUCGAGGCAAAUAAGGGAAACCUGAAGUUUGUCCUCACUGCGGGCUCGCCCUAAAUGGGAAGGAUGUCCCAGGUCCAAAGCAGGGCCUACAGCGGCCGUCUGUGUGAGUGAUGGUCCGGGGUCCGGACAUCUGAGUCAGGAUUUGUUUGUUUGUUUUUGCAUUUGUUUUAAGAGCAAGCAGGAGCCCUACCCCACCUUCUGAUAACCCUGCUUUUCUCGCUUUUGAUACAAAUCUUCAAACCCUAGACAUCAAACAGCCCCCAGAAAAGGGGAAUUCUCUUCAAGCCUUGCUCCGCCCAGGCUCCUGAACAAACCCAGCUCUGUCUAGCACUUUUUCUCCAGUGGGGGGUAGGGGACAGGGUGAGAGAAUUUCAGUCUCCCAGGCUGUCUCAUGAUUGUCGGGGCAUAAAGGAGUACAGUCCUGUAACAAUGCGGGAACAUCUUUACCCUUUAGAGAGGGACAAAACAGAAAACAAAGCAGAUCCAAUUGCCCUGCGCAAAGGCAGAGCAGGACCCCGGGCUCCUGUUCUCUGCACCCUCUGUGGGCGGUGAGAAAUGAGGGUAGCAAGGCAGAGUGGUGGAGAGGACUCGGAAGGCAAAACUCCCGGGAAUAAUCCCAGUGGCCAGUCUGAAUUUCACUUGCUCGCUGGCUAAUGACAGGCCCAGCGUUCACAGGGGCCAGGUGCGAACAAGGUCUGGAGGCCCGUUUCCUUUUCCCAAACAGCCUCAGGGCUCACACCCAAACUGAGGAAUCAGGGGAAAUUGUCACUGUCUCAAUGUUGGGACCUUUGUAAAGGUAUCAGUCUGCCAUUUUACAGCGGUGACAUUUUGGACCAGACAGACAUGUUCUGGCAAAACGUAUAGGGUCCCCGUGGUAGGUUUUAGGAGGUCACGGAAGUUUUUAUUGUUUCAGUCUGAAAGCACUUGGUGUGUAUGUGUGUUUUCCGCAAGUUUGCCCGCUGUAGUAAGGCCGAGAAAGAAAGAACACGUCCGUAGCACACGGAAAUCAGAUCUUUAUAUGAAUUUUGCAUCAGAGUUGCACAGUUUGAAGAUGCUCACAAAACACAUUUGCCACAGAGAGGCUAUGAGUGGAAUGACAGUCCCUUACUCAGAGCAUAACCAUCUCCUGAGCACCUCUUCCUCUGUUCAACAAAAUUCAUUUUCCUCUCCUUUCUUUUUGUCAAAUAACAAUUUCACCCCCCCCCCAUAAUUAGGACUUUGGAUUGCAAAAUCGCAUUCCUCUCUUCUCCACAGAUUCUUGGAUCUUUAGUGGCGAUUAGAAAGGGGCAUUAAUUCAAGAAGGGAGGAUGAGGGAGGGGUGUUUGUGGACGUUCGGGAAGAGGAGGGCAGGAGAGGAAAUAGUUCUGUGCUCACCCCCCACACCCCUCGGCCCCUGCCCAGCCCAGGCCUGGGUGUGAGCUACACGCUGGGGAUUUGGAUUCUGAGUUUAUUCUAAAUAUUCUGAUGACCAACCUUGAGCAUUUCCAAGCUAAGAUUCCAAAACAUGGUUUUUCCUUGUGGUCGGUGGUUUCAGUCAGGGAAUAGGAGAGGCCACGAAGCCUUACAGAACCGGGCAGAGACGCGUGAAAACCGCUCUUCUGUGAGAAUCCCCAAGGAUGGCUGCGAAGGGGAUCCUGGGCUGAAAAGUCCGGUCGGGGGUGCAGAUUCCCUUUUGCAGCCAGAAUUUGCCCCUGUCCCCCGUAAGUGGGUUCCUGGCCUUCUUUGAGGGCAUUCUCCAGAAGGAAUGCUCUGAGGGUCUCGGAGUGGAUAGGCCAUCCCAAACUAGGCCAGAGGAGCAGAGAACAGGAGGGGUCUGGCGUGCAGGGCUGGGGAAUAGUGCUCUCAGAAGCCAGCCUUCGCUUACGAUCCCAAUCCAGGGAUCAAAGCUAGGUCAGUCCCAGGGCCCCACCUCACCCCAGAAGUGAUCUGCUUGCAGGGUGACUGACAAGGGACUGGCAGACCCCGAGAUCGCCAUGAUUCCUAAGUAGAAUUACCCAUGUCCUGAGCUCCAGGGCUUUGGCCUCUUAUCGCCUGACCCUUGCCCCAUUCCAGUGCCCUCUCUGUAAUCGUUACCACCUCUUUCUCCCAGGCCUAGUUGCCCAGGGCCAUCAGAGAGUCGGAGGUCAUUGCCCUUGGGCCAGAAGGCAGUGCCCAAGCUAAGGUCGUGGUCAAAGUCCCUCCUGCCCCAGUUUAGGUGUGGCCAAACCCAGGGCUGGAGAGAAGGGCUGGCAAGCUUGCAUGGGAGAGGAGCUGGGAGGUGGCUUUGGAAUGUCCAGCACCGGCUGCGGCCUCUGGUGCCAAGGGUCUUGAAGCCUGGACUGCAGGAGAUGAAGGCCCCGGAGGAUGCUGAGGUUGUCCACCUCUGGGCUUCCUCUCCCGCCACCCCCCGCCCCGCCCCCCUGCACACAAA